AUGAAAUUAACUAGAAAUGAUAUAUUAAGAGGCCAAUCAGAAGGGUGUUGUUUAUAUAAGUUUCCGUUGUCAACUUUAGAAAGAAAUUUAUCGGGAAAUAAUAUUUAUGAUUUAUCUAUCUCAAUCAGAAAGAAGUUGAUGAGAUCGUUUUAUAGUCGGCCGUUUGAUCGUUUUUUAAUUGAAAAUGAAGAUACUUUAGAUGUUCCAUUUGCAGUUUCGUUUUCAAACAAUCAUCCUAUUCUAGGGGUAUCAGAUGAGUCUGGAUUUAUUCAUUUUAUUGAUACAGUAAAAAAAGAGAAGCAAAUUGAUGAGUUUUUGAAAGUAAAAUGUCAUGAUAACGCUAUAUUUGAUAUUUCUUGGUCUUACGACGAUAAACUUCUAGCAUCAUCUUCUGGAGAUCAGACUGCUCGUGUACUUGAUAUAUCCAAUCAGAAGUUUGUUGCAAUUCUUUCUAAAUGUACUUCUAGCACUUUGAAACAAGUGUCAUUUCAAAAAGACGACCCUAAUAUUUUGGCAACAUGUUCUCGUAAUGGAAAGAUAUUGAUUUGGGAUCUUCGAUCACAUGGAGUCGAAUCUUCGGCUCAGAUGCCUGUUGUUUCUAUUCUAAAUGCACAUGGAAAAAUAAAACAUCAUUCUAGAAGAUCUAAAUUGAUGCCUAUGAGCAAUUCUAUUACUUCUAUACAAUGGCUUCAUAGAAAGAAUCUUUUAGCAAGUGCGUGUGAUGCUAAUAGUUUUAUUAAUAUUUGGGAUAUUCGUUUUUACUCUCAAAAAUUUAUAAAGCUUUACGAAUCAAAGCCAGCUGUUAGUAUAAAAAAUAAAAGGGAUCAUGGUAUUACAUCACUUGCUAUGCCUUCAUUUGGAUCAACAUUUUAUGGGCUUAGUAGAGAUAAUUAUAUAUAUGCAUAUUCAUCAACGCAUCCUGAAGAACCUAUUGGUAGUUUUACACAUCCACAGCUUAUGGUAAAGUCUUUUUUUGUUAAGAUUUCCUGUUCAAAAGAUGGACAAUUUUUAGGAUGUGGAAGUAGUAAUAGUCAGGUCAUAAUAGCAGAUACAGCUAGUAUGACUGAAAAUAAAAAUAUUGGUGUUGCAUUAAUUUCUGGUUGCGAAAAAGAAAUUACUGGAAUAUCAUGGAGCUAUGAUGAUUGUAUUGCAAGUAUUAGUGAUGAUACAAGCUGUAGAAUUUGGAGACAAGGUCAGAAUAAUGAAGCAGAAGAUAUCAGAAGUUGGAAUGAAGGAAAACGUUGGGAAUGGGGAUGGGUCGAAUAG